GGGUUUUAGCUUUCAGGUAACUGUUGCGUAGUUUUUGUUCUUUAUUCAUCUUGGUAGGGUUUUCUAAUUUUCUAUCUAUCAAUCUUACUCACAAAAAACAAAAUAUUGUUUAAUAUUUUUAAAUUUAAAAUUGAAAAAUUGAAAGAAAGAAAGAGAGAGAAAGAGAAGGGAAUUUUUGUGACUAGGGAUUUGUAGUAGUUUCUUAGAUUUCAUUUCUUUUGCAUUUUUCGUUACUUCCAAUGUUUUGAUUUUUUCCCCCUUUCCCAAUUUGUUGCAUUUUCCAAACCAAAUGUUUUUUCCUGCAAAUUCUGUUACUUGAUCGCAAUUUAAUCAAACAAACAUAGAAAGAGAUAGGAUCUGAUAUACUCGUGCUUUUGAUGAAUUGAUGAGUUAUAAAUGUUCGUGCUAUGGUGUUGAAGAAGAAUAGAAACAAUGGACUAAGGGACUUUCAGGUCCCUAAGGUCCCUAGAUGUCCAAGAUCUGCAAGAACGAGGGUCCCAUUCAAGAAACCAGUCGAGGAUGACCGCAGUUGUGCUUUUGAACUACUUGCAUCUUUAGCAGGCGAGUUGCUGAAGGAGAGUGAAAGUUCCGCUUCUAGCAAUGCAUCUGAAGUUAAACCGUUAACGGAAGAGCGAUUUCAUAAUGGAAGCUGUGAAGAAAAAAGCAGUGAGAAACAUCUUGAGAUUGCUGAGGCUGAUUGUAUACUAGAACGCAUUUCAGCUAACAAUAAUGUGAAGUCCGAAAUUUUCAAAUUGGAGAAUAAGUUUGGAAAUCUUUCUGAUACUAAUAGAGUCAUAGAAGUGGCGAACAAUCCGGAGGCUGGCCGUUCAGGCUUCGAGCGAUUAUCUGUGGAUGAUAAGUUUAGUUUGAAGGAUCCGUUGAAAUUAGGUGUUAACUCUCCUUCAUUAGUCAACUUGAACAGUAAUGUUAAAUCUCCAUUUCGUGGGGGAUUGUUUCCCAAUGCUUCCUUUUCGAGGAAUGGGAAUGAUAUCAAGUUAGGUUUUAUUGAUGAUGACGAAAAAUUUAUCAGGUGCAACAAAGUUUGCACCAAAUCGAAGGCAUUUAGACCUUCACGGUGCAUUGCACGCAAAAUAAUCAGGAAGCGGUUGACUUCCAAACACUGGAAGGUUGCUCCGAAGUUGAAGGAUUAUGAACAUUCUAGAUAUGAUAAGGGAAUUACGUCUUCAAGUCGUAAGAGGAAGACCUACUACAAUUUCGAAAGAUCUCAGUGUCACACUCUUUUGAAGAGGAAGAAAUUGUCAGACAAGGGUUCAAUGGUAACUCGUGUUGGAGGAUUCAGCAGCGAGAGUGUAUCUGAUUCAUCUAAGAAAGUAAUUCGUGGAAAUAACCGUAGCUCAUCUGCAAAAGUUCGUGUUUCUAAGGAUUCUCAUGUAAAGUUUAGCAUCGAGUCAUUCAGGAUUCCAGAACUUUAUGUCGAGGUUCCCGAAACUGCAACUGUUGCUUCAUUAAAGAGGACAGUCAUGGAGGCAGUGAUGAAUAUAAUACGAGGUGGAGUGCAUGUUGGUGUUCUUGUUCAGGGGAAGAAAGUUAGAGAUGACAAUAGAACUCUUCGGCAGACUGGUAUAUCUUGUAAAGAAAAUAUAGAUAAACUCGGUUUUGUGUUGGAGCCAAGCUCUUCUCUAGCUUCUCCAGUUGUUUGCGCUGGUAAUCCUUCUCUCUGUGAAGCAUCCGAGCCUACCAGGUCUCCAGGAACUCCCUCCAUAGAUUCAGGGAUUUCUGUUGUCAAACAGGAUUCCUCUUUGCUUGCAAAUACAGGCGGCGACCUUGUUGAAAUUAACCAUGAAUCAGCUUCUUCCCUUGCCGACAGUAUAUCUGAUGAUAAACUAACAAAAGUUUCUGGAGCACUAGUGAGUGUUCUGGAUAAUAGCGUAGAAGCAUUAGCUGCUGUUCCCGUGAAUCAGAGCACAGGACACUCCGAGCUUGUACAGCGUCGAGCCAGGAGACCGUUUACCGUGUCUGAAGUAGAAGCACUUGUUCAUGCAGUUGAGGAAGUUGGAACUGGAAGGUGGCGUGAUGUAAAGUUGCGAUGUUUUGAGAAUGCAGACCACAGGACUUAUGUAGACUUGAAGGAUAAAUGGAAAACUUUAGUGCACACUGCAAAAAUCUCUCCUCAACAAAGGAGAGGACAGCCAGUCCCUCAGGAGCUAUUGGAUAGGGUUUUGGCUGCACAUGCUUACUGGUCUAUCCACCAAUCCAAGCAUCAUGUUAAGCAUCAAACCAAUAGUGUUCAACCACUUGUGAUUAUGUAGAAAGACAUUAACGUAAUUGACUUGUGUAACUGUGGAAAACAAACUUGUACAUUUUGUUCAAAUUCAUGUAAUAUUCUUCCUUACCAAAUUCUUUGCUAGGCCUUAAAUUUAAACAGGGUGGCAAUUUGUACAUUAAAUAAGGAAUAAGAUUGUUGUACAAGGAACUUGUGUUCUUUUGUUUUUUAUGUUUUGUUUUGUUGUGA